CGCAGCGCGAACUCUCGCCGCCGCAGAGUACCAAAGGAAUCUUUCAUCAUGGGUGGCGAAGAAGAUGCCCUCAUCGCCGAGGCGCCCAAGAAGCGCACGUUCCGCAAGUUUCAGUUCCGCGGCGUCGACCUCGACCAGCUUCUCGACAUGAAGACGGACAAGCUCGUGGAUCUCUUCCGCGCGCGCAUCCGUCGUCGUUUCAAGCGCGGCCUCAAGAGGAAGCCGAUGGCGCUCGUGAAGAAGCUCCGCAAGGCGAAGAAGGAGGCGUCGGGCGGCGAGAAGCCGGAGACGGUGCGCACGCACCUGCGCAACAUGGUCAUCGUCCCCGAGAUGAUCGGCUCCGUCGUCGGCGUGUACAACGGCAAGACGUUCGUGACGGUCGAGAUCAAGCCGGAGAUGAUCGGGCACUACCUCGCGGAGUUCUCCAUCACGUACAGGCCGGUGAACCACGGGCGUCCCGGUAUCGGCGCGUCCGCGUCCGCGCGCUUCAUCCCGCUCAAGUAAAGAAAGGUUUCUUGAGGAUGGAGCGAAGGUUUCGUCGAGAGCGAGGGCGAAGUCGCGCGCGUAGGGUGGUGUUGGGGUCGUCUCGCGCGCGCGUCGCGGGAUGCGGCGCGCGGGCGGGGCGGCAAAAUCAUGGCGGUCACGAGGAGUAGCGUGUGUUUGUAACAUCGUUCCUCUCGCCUUG